UCUGUGUUCUUUCGCCUCCACGUGUAAAAGAAAAGAAAAAAAAAAGAAAAAUGAUGAUGAGACCGUCCUGCGGCUACGGCUUCACCGGCGCCGGCGGAGUCGCCGCCGCCGCCGCCAUCACCGUCAGGCUGCCGCCUGCCCGCGCGGCGAAUACCUCCUCGGAGCCGGCGGCGCGGCUGCGGGCGGUGCUCGAGCGGGUCGACGAGGAGCUGCGGGAGGGGAACGACGAGGCCGCGCUGUCCCUCGUGCGCGGCGCGCAGGGGGCCGACGGCGGGCUCCGGUUCUUUGGCGCAGCGAGGCAGGUACCUCAAAGACUUUAUACAUUGGACGAGCUGAAGUUAAAUGGGAUCGAUGCUUCUGCUUUUCUAUCUCCUGUGGAUCUGACUUUGGGAUCAAUUGAGAGAAAUCUCCAAAUUGCUGCAAUUCUUGGAGGGCUCUCUGUAUCAGUUGCAUUUGAGCUUUCGCAACUCCAAAUACUGUUUCUUUUUUUGGGUCUACUAUCUCUGUGGUCUGUAGAUUUGGUAUAUUUCGGUGGUGGAGUGAGAAACUUGAUUCUUGAUACAAUUGGUCACAAUCUUAGCCAGAAGUAUCAUGACAGAGUUAUUCAGCACGAAGCUGGCCACUUCUUGAUAGCUUAUUUGAUUGGGGUCCUUCCCAAGGGAUACACUAUCACAAGCUUAGACACACUUAUAAAAAAGGGCUCACUGAAUGUGCAAGCUGGGACAGCUUUUGUGGAUUUUGAGUUCCUUCAAGAGGUCAAUACAGGCAAACUAUCUGCCACGAUGUUGAACAAGUUCUCAUGCAUUGCAUUGGCUGGAGUAGCAACAGAGUAUCUUUUGUAUGGAUAUUCUGAAGGUGGACUAGCGGACAUUGGCCAAUUGGAUGGAUUGCUCAAGGGUCUAGGUUUCACCCAGAAGAAAGCUGAUUCACAGGUGAGAUGGGCUGUGCUGAAUACUGUACUUACACUGCGUCGCCAUGAAAAGGCCAGAUCACAGCUCGCAGAGGCAAUGUCUUCUGGGAUGUCAGUUGGAUCUUGUAUCGGGGUCAUAGAAGAGAAUAUAAACACCGAGGAUAUUUAGUUGCCAGUGACCGUGCAGAUCCUGGAACAGACAGUUCGCAGAUGUACAAACUUUCGCGAUGGAUUAUAUUUUUCAACUUCAGCUAUUAUAUUUAGUUUGUAAUCUGAUAAUGUAUGACAAAAGUAUAAGUUUUUUCUUAAUAUUUGUCAAAUCUGGUGGUAGUACAGUCAUUGUUUCUCUGGAUGCUUGAUGAUUUUUUAUUUUGUAUGUUUUGCU